CAAGUAUUUGCCGGCGCCUAUUUACUUUCCAAUCACGCGCAUAGCCGAUAAAGAGUACACUUCCGGCGGCAUGUUCAACGUGUGCGCUCUGCUAAGUAAACAAUAGAAUUAGUAACGUGCGAAACGACGGAGAAGACGAGGCUAAUUGGAGAUAAUUCGGCAGCUCCGUGGAAGCCACCCGGUGGAGGCAGCCGCCUCCCGACAGUCGACCCUCGAAGGCGAAUCGGAGGACGGGCGAUCGACGGUUUCGCGCGAAACACGGCGUUUUUCGAACGCGGCGAAACCUAACCGCGUUCCACGCUGCGCGAAUAUGAGAUCGAUUCAUCGCGGAUCGUUUAAAUAGUGCCACGAGGGAGGUGGAGAGAUCGGCGAUUUUCUUCGCAUCGAACGAGUAAGCGCGAGUCGCGAUCGGACCCGAUCUGCCCGCGAUUAAACGAAGACGGGGCAAAAUGUGCGACAAGUAUGUCAUCGGUUACUGGGUGCCCGAGAAAAAACGUCAGAAAUUCAAUUGGAACGAUUUCGAGGAUGUAUGCGAGUCCGAGGGGUUUCGACUGAGGAUGAUCGAUGUGAGUUUAAGCCUUGAAAAGCAGGGACCAUUACAUGUUUUUCUACACAAACUAACAGAUACACAAUCGCAUGCGGAAAGUGGUGAUAAAAAUGCUGAAGAUAUUGUUUCACGGCUGCAAGAGUAUAUUGCUAAACAUCCAGAUUUGAUUGUGAUCGACCCUCUGGACAAUAUUAGAAACUUACGCAAUCGAUAUGAAUCUUAUGAAUUUAUACAAGAAGGCAUUCAGUUUAAAGAUAUAUUUACUCCUAACUUUGUAGAAAUCAAAAGCAACAAUGUUCACGAAAUAGCAUCGACGUUGAAAAAGCGCGGUAUUAAAUAUCCAUUUGUUUGUAAGCCGCUCAUUGCGUACGGUUCGAGUGACGCGCACAAGAUGAUGAUCAUCUUUAAUGAAAAGGAUUUGAAAGACUGUCAAUUACCUUGUGUUGCUCAGAACUUUAUCAAUCAUAACGCCAUUUUAUAUAAAUUAUUCGUUGUGGGCGAUCGUUUCCACGUAGUUGAGCGUCCUAGCUUCAAAAACUUUUACCAAGAAGACUGUAAUUCGUUGAGUACAAUAUUUUUUGAUUCGCACGAUAUAUCGAAAAGUGGAAGUAGAUCUAAGUGGUCUAUAUUGUCUGAAGAUGACAUUCCUUUAACUGUAAAGCCAAAUUAUCAAAUAUUCGAAAAGAUUGUGAAAAAUAUUCAAGAAAUAUUCCGGCUUGUUCUAGUUGGAAUAGAUGUUGUAAUCGAAAAUGAUACUGGAAAGUAUGCGAUAAUAGAUGUUAAUGUGUUUCCUGGUUACGACGGUUACCCAAAUUUUUUUGAGCAUUUAAUAGAUAGCAUUAAGAAAUUGUUGAUAGAACGAGGGUUUUGCAGACAAAACUCCAAAGGUUGUACAUUGAAAAAGUGUCAAAGUGAUGAUCUAGAUUCUGGUUUCGAAAGUGAUGAAAAGAGAAAAUCCACAAAAUAAAUAUGUAAUAUGUAAUAGAUAAUAUACUAAGUUUAGGUGAAAUUAAGCUGUUAGAAUUAAUUAUAUGGUAGCAUCAAUAUUAGGACACAUUAUUUCGCAUAUGCGUUUACACAUUUUUUUAAAGAAAUUUUUAAAGAUAUGAAACAUUCGUCUUUCUUAAUUUUUCCCAAUUUAAUCCUAUUAAAUCUAGUAAUUUUGAUAUUAAAUUUUGUUACGAUGAAUCCCGUUUGGCACACUGCUUAUUCGCGAUAUGGAGUAUCGUGCGUUUAUUCGCGAAUUCGAAUCUUGUAUUUUAUAAUAAAUUCCACAGUGUACAAUAUAAUAAUGCGACUCUCAUGACUGCCAGGGAAGAUAUUUUGUACAAUUUAUGCGUCUACAAUUUUGCAUUUUCGCGACAAUGUUAUGUAUGCCUGUGAACUGUUGAAGAUAUUAAAUAUACAUAAUUGAGAAAAUGCGUGAUACGAACGAAUAUAAGAUUAAUAAGAACAGUUGGAGUAAUUGCGACAAUACGGGAAGAUAUUUUCAAUAUUUUCGAAUGAUUAAAUGUCAAUAAUAAUAAUUAGAUGUCAUUUUUUAUGUUUUUACACAAUAAAUAGCAAUUUCGUCAUUGGAAAAUAUUGCAACAUCAUUUUCAUUGUGUUUAUCGCAAUUAUACCGAUUGAUUCUAAACAUCCAAAACAUGUAAUAAAUUCCGUGACUCUUGUAAAAUAUACAUAUAUAUU